CGGGGACGGUUUCCGGGUUUCCCUUCCUGGGCUGGGACAGCGGCAAGAGGCAAAAAGCUCCUGUAGAUUAACGAUUUUUUAAAGUUACGCGCAGCAGGCUCGUCAGGCAUCCAGUCAACAGUUGCAAUGUCUCAAUCUGGAGAGAAAGGCAAGUUCCCAGAUGCAACAGGUUAUGUAGGGUUUGCCAACCUCCCAAACCAAGUGCACCGAAAAUCAGUGAAAAAGGGGUUUGAAUUUACCCUAAUGGUUGUAGGGGAGUCUGGUUUGGGAAAAUCAACACUUAUAAACAGCCUGUUUCUCACUGAUCUCUACCCUGAACGCUACAUCCCUGGUGCCGCAGAGAAGAUUGAGAGGACGGUGCAGAUCGAGGCAUCAACUGUGGAGAUCGAAGAGAGAGGAGUGAAGCUUCGCCUCACCGUGGUCGACACCCCUGGAUAUGGCGACGCCAUCAACAGCCAGGACUGCUUCAAGACCAUCAUCCAGUACAUUGACAAUCAGUUUGAGCGAUACCUCCACGAUGAGAGCGGGCUGAACCGAAGACACAUAGUGGACAACAGGGUGCACUGCUGCUUCUACUUCAUAUCUCCAUUUGGACACGGUCUCAAGCCUCUGGAUGUGGAGUUUAUGAAGGCCAUCCACAGCAAAGUCAACAUAGUCCCAGUUAUUGCCAAGGCUGACACACUGACCCUGAGAGAGAGGGAUCGCCUGAAGAGAAGGAUCCUGGAUGAGAUCGCGGAGCACGGGAUCAAAAUUUAUCAGCUACCUGACGCCGACUCUGACGAGGAUGAGGAGUUCAAGGAGCAGACCAGAGUCCUGAAGGCGAGCAUCCCUUUUGCUGUGAUUGGCUCCAACCAGCUGAUUGAGGUGAAGGGGAAGAAGAUCCGUGGUCGUCUUUACCCCUGGGGAGUUGUUGAAGUGGAGAACCCUGAACACAAUGACUUCCUCAAGUUACGUACAAUGCUUGUAACCCACAUGCAAGACCUCCAGGAAGUAACUCAGGAUCUGCAUUAUGAGAACUUCCGCUCAGAGAGACUGAAGAGAGCGGGCAGGGCUGUGGAUGAGGAUGUGUUGGAUAAGGACCAGAUCCUGCUACAGAAAGAGGCCGAGCUGAGACGCAUGCAGGAGAUGAUCGCUCAGAUGCAGGCACAGAUGAAGAUGAAAUCAGACGAGUGAAGGAGUCGGAGCAGAAGCUGAUCCAGGUAUCCGGGAUCACAUCAUCUUAAUCUGUGCACCACUUCUACUUUUUCCCUCCAAACAUCCAUCCAUCAGCUGUUCAGGAGCUCACCACUGAUGUGUUUUGUUUUGUUUUUUUUCCUUCAUCAUCUUGUCAAGACUCUUCUUACAAUCCACAUACGAAUCUCGCUGAUCGUCCUGUUAUGUGGGUAUGAGUUUGCUGAGUGGGACUGAGCAAAAUUGAAAAAGUGUGAACAUAAAAAUGUUUCAAUACUGGAUGAUUAUCAUUGACAUAUCUGUUAUUUAGCCUUUGAUCUUAAUUGUGGUCCACAGAGCUGCCAGUGACAAUGGUACUAAGAUGUUUUGCCAUCACACUAACAUGUUUACAUAAUUUUAUGUAGGAGUUGUGCAUUUUUGUUCAAGUCCAAGCUUCAGAUGGCACCAUUUUCCAUUUACUUUGCUGAAAAAAAAAAACAAAACAAAAACUGUUCUGAUUCUCAUGUUUUCUAUCACCUUUACCUC